AAUACCUCGACGGGCCCUGGCACACCGCAGACGUCACACAAUCCCGCCGCUGAGCCUGCACCUUUUGUCAGGCAGGGCCAGUUCCAACAGUGAGGCCGAUCAACCUUGUACUGCUUCGCUUCCUUCCCUCUUCCGUCCAUCCCACAGCAUUCUCACCACCUCCUUUGCCUUGCCACUCGUCGGCCCCGUCGUCUGGCAAGCCUAUUUACCUACCUUAGGCGAGCCUGCGGCGUUCUGUGCACCCUCGACGGAGGUGCCUCCAGGUACAGUGCCAGUUGCUGGACGACGCCACCAACCACGCACCAAGCGGCGAGAGAUACUGUGCCUCCAGCAGAUGCGAGACUCGACGACAAUCUUGCCCCUGGCUGCCAUCGUCUCCUCUCCCGGCUGCCCCCCGCUCUCCGGCCCAUCUGUUGCAUCGCAUACACGUAUCGCAUACAGGUAGUAUAUCGAAUACACCAUCGCGUCGCUCCCACCAUGGCGACGUCCGCUACACCGCCGACCGUCGAUGCGCCGGACGAACCGCAGAGCGAGGGCUCCAAGCUGCGGACGUUUCUAGGCAUUUUGAAAAAGUUCAUCGGCGUCACCGACCUCGCCGCCGUGCGCUUUUCGCUCCCCUCACAGCUGCUCGAGCCAACCCCCAACCUCGAGUACUGGACCUAUCUCGACGCCCCUAACGCCUUCGUUGCCAUCGGCACCUCGGACGAGCCGCUCGACCGCAUGCUGGAAGUGGUGCGCUUCUGGCUCACAAAGGACCUCAAGUAUGCCAAGGGCAAGCCGUGCAAGCCCUACAACUCGUGCUUGGGCGAGUUUUUCAGGUGUAAUUGGGAAACCGAGGACAAUGCGCCGAGGAUCGAUACUAAAGAGCUGCAGGGCGACAAGAGCAACGGCAAUGCCAGUGCCGCAUCCAGUUUGAAGAGCGACGUGUCCGGCCUAAAGACUACCGUCAAGGACGACAAGAAUGGGUCGUCUGUCUCCCUGUCGGUUCCCCAACACGGGAAAUCUGCCGACGCCCACCUCGUUCGCGUCUCGUACCUCACUGAGCAGACGUCUCAUCACCCUCCUGUUAGCGCCUUCCACGUUACAUGCCCGGAGAAGGGCAUCACGGCCCGCGGCUUUGACCAAAUCUCGGCCAAGUUUACCGGCACGUCGGUCAAGGUGUUGCCGGGCGAGCACAACAUGGGCAUCUUCAUCACGCUUGACAAGCGCGACGGCGAGACGUACCAACUGACGCAUCCGGCGGCGCACCUGGGUGGCAUUCUAAGGGGCAGCCUGAGCGUGUCAGUCAGCGAGAUGGCCUACUUUACGUGCCCUCAAACCAAAAUUAAGGCCAUCCUGCAUUACGUGGAGGAGGGCUGGCUCGGCCGCACGACCAACAAGAUUGACGGCGUCAUCUUUCGCUACGACCCGGAGAAUGACAAUAAGUCGAGGGUUCAGGACGUGCCUGAAGAGGAUGUCCUGGCCCGCCUGAGCGGCCCCUGGAGGGAGAGAGUGGUCUUCACCAUCGGCUCGCGGCCCGUGAAAACCGUCCCUUCUGAAGAACAAUACACCAUCAUCAACAUUGGGCCGCUCAGCGUUGCACCCAAGAUCGUGCCUCCCGAGGACCAGCAGCAGCCCAACGAGUCGCUGACGCUCUGGGGUGGCGUCACGCGGGCCAUCCAUGCCAAGCAGUUCUCCAAAGCAACGGAGCUCAAGGUCGAGCUCGAGGAGAAGCAGCGAGAAAAGGCCCGCGAGCGCGAAAAGUCGGGCGAGGAGUGGAAGCCCGUCUUCUUCGAGCACGUCGUCGGCAACGGCGGCAAGCCCGGCCUGACUGACCAGGGCCGGCGGGUCCUCGAGCUCGCGCAAAAGGGCGAGUGGUCCCUGGACGGCAUCACCGGACAGAACGGCACCACAGAGUAAUGCGAGACGAAGAACCGAACUGCUAGACGAUAUCCUGCUAUAGACGGCGACGAGGGAGUGGAGGCGGGGAGCGGGGUCUAAGAAGCGCAGAUAGAGACGUCCGAUGUUAGUUUGCGCCAUGUCCAGCUAAUAGUGCCGCCCGAACUGAAGCUCGACAUGUAUACCUAUAUGAACAAUGUAGCGCUGUGUCGGAUAGGGCUUGGGUCUGCGGAAGAGGAGGGAACAAAGGCCAUCAUCCAUCUGCGUGCGUGCAUUCGACUUCUCGGGCAGUGCCGGGCUUGUUGAGAAAGGGCGGCGUUGGUAGGCGUUUUCGCUGCGCGGGGGCAUAAUGGUCGAGUCGCCAAGACCUGAAUGGAUUGCCGAGCCAGUCUCGUUACGGUCAUCUCCUGCGACACAGCAGCUUACGUUCGCAGAAGUACACACAUGGCGGGCAUUCAAUACAAAGAGCAUCAGUUUGCGUUUGAUUUGAAAAUAGCUUAUCAUACAAUGUGCG